CUUCAUACAUGGUUUUUGUCGAAGAUUCAGGAUGAAUUUAGAGGUGGAAAAAUUAACAUAGAAAAAACUCAUAGAUUACUUGAAAAAUUAGAUAUUCCUUGCAAUUUUGGUCAUGUGAAAAAUAUUUUUAAGGACAAUGAUAGACUGAAACAAGGAAGAAUCACCAUAGAAGAAUUUAGAGCAAUUUAUCGGACUUUUGCACACAGAGAAGAAAUUGCUGAAAUUUUCAAUGCAUAUUCUGAAAACCGGAAAAUUCUUUUCGAAAAUAACCUGACUAAAUUUCUAGCACAAGAACAAUCCAGAAAUAAGGCUAAUAAAGCUGAUGCUUCUGACAUCAUUCAGAAAUAUGAGCCCAUCGAAGAAGUUAAGAAAGCACGACAGAUGUCAUUUGAAGGUUUUACAAGAUUCAUGAGUUCAUCUGAGUGUCUACUAUUUAAGCAGGAGUGUACAAAAGUUUAUCAAGAUAUGAGUCAUUCAUUAAAGGAUUACUUUAUUUCAAGUUCACAUAACACAUAUUUGGUAUCUGAUCAAUUAGUGGGACCAAGUGACCUUUGGGGAUAUGUAAGUGCCCUGGUGAAAGGAUGCCGUUGUCUGGAAAUUGACUGCUGGGACGGAUCACAGAAUGAGCCCGUUGUGUACCACGGUUACACACUAACUAGCAAGCUUCUGUUUAAAACUGUUGUCCAGUCGAUACACAAGUAUGCAUUCAUGACAUCUGAGUACCCAGUGGUGCUCUCUUUAGAAAACCACUGCUCCUCUUCCCAGCAAGAAGUGAUGGCAGACGUUUUGCAGACUACUUUUGGAGAUUCCCUGCUUUCUGACCUGCUUGACGAUUAUAUAGACAAACUACCUUCACCAGAGGCACUGAAGUUCAAAGUACUAGUUAAAAAUAAGAAAAUAGGAACCCUAAAGGAAACUCAUGAAAGGCAUGGUUUCAAUAAGCAUGGUAAAGUGGAGGAAUUGGAAGAAGAAGAAGAACAAGAGCAGGAGGAGGAAGAAGAAGUGAAAGAAAUAGAAUCAUAUGAUAAUUUUUUGACAAGACUCAAUCAAGAAAAGGAAAUGGAGGAAAAAAAGACACUUCCAAUAACACUUUUCAAGAAAAAGAAGGUCAGGAAGAUAAGAAUAUCUUUGGCCUUAUCUGAUCUUGUCAUUUAUACUAAAGCUGAGAAGUUCAAAAGCUUUCAAUAUUCAAGACUAUAUCAGCAAUUUAAUGAAAAUAAUUCUAUUGGUGAGACACAAGCUCGAAAACUUUCAAAGACGAGAGCCUAUGAGUUUAUUUUUCACACCAAGAAUUUCAUUACCAGAAUAUAUCCUAAAGCAACAAGAGCAGACUCUUCUAACUUUAAUCCUCAAGAGUUUUGGAAUAUAGGUUGUCAAAUGGUGGCCUUGAAUUUCCAAACUCCUGGUCUGCCCAUGGAUCUGCAAAAUGGGAAAUUUUUGGACAAUGGUGGCUGUGGAUAUAUUUUGAAACCCCACUUCCUAAGAGAUGCUAAAUCAAACUUUAAUCCAAGUAAAAUAAGAGACAGCAAUCCACUUACACUUACAAUGAGGCUCAUCAGUGGUAUCCAGUUGCCUCUUGGUAACUCAUCCUCUAACAAGAUUGACACAUUAGUGAUUGUGGAAGUUUUUGGUGUUCCAAAUGAUCAUAUGAAACAGCAGACUCGUGUAGUUAAAAAAAAUGCUUUUAGUCCAAGAUGGAAUGAAACAUUCACAUUUAUUAUUCAAGUGCCAGAACUGGCAUUGAUACGUUUUGUUGUUGAAAAUCAAGGUUUACUAACUGGAAAUGAAUUUCUUGGGCAAUAUACUUUACCAGUUCUAUGCAUGGACAAAGGUUACCGUCGUAUUCCUCUGUGUUCCAAAACGGGUGAGAGUCUUGAGCCUGCUUCACUGUUUGUUUAUGUUUGGUACAUCAGAUAG